CGCGCUACGGUACGAGUAACGCACAGACAUGUCAGACUUGCGAAAUCCUACGGAAGGCCUUACCGCAGCCAAGCUACAAGGCAGUCGGGCUCAGCGAAGGGAUGUCAACCUUCACCUUGCUUGCUUCCACCAUGGUGGCUUUCACACCCAUCUCUAAUUCACUCGUUUACACGCUGCUGAAGUCUUUGCGAUCGUUAUAGACUUACACAAUAUUUGAGUAUUGGACGUGCAACAUACUACACAACACUUCCACUGUGGGCUAUCUGGGCUUCGCGUGCAAGAUGAGAAGCGAAGCCGUCUCCGGACAGGAAUUGGCAGAAAUGAGCCAUACAACGGGCUUGCUGAAAAGCGACUAUGCGAGUGUCAAUUCGCGCGAUGAAACUUCUGGCGAUAACAGUCAUAAUGCGAAUGAGAUCGAAUUGGAAGACAACUCCGCCCCAUCGCAGGUAAAGCUCCGCUUUCUCAUGCGACAGUUCCGGUUUCAAUUCGCUUCCUCGACGUUUUCUCGAUGUAUGGGCUCUCGUUGGAACGGAGAUACCGAACGUCGCAAAGUAGCCAUCCAUCACAACAGGGCAGUCGCUGCAGUGCAUGGUUUACUGCACGUUGUUCCUCUGUCUGGCGCCAUCUUACUGCUGGUAUUUCAAUGGACGAAUUAUUGGGUCGAUGAGAAGAACGAUUACUCAACUGAAUUGCAGUUCGCAGCAAAGUUCCACGAGCUACUCAUGCAGGCAUCAAUCGUCGAGGUUCUACUUGGCCUUAUUCGUGCAGGUCUCAUCAACGGCCUUGUUCCAUUCGGCACUUUAUCAGGCGCUAUGCAGCCAACUCAACUGUCUUAUCUAUGGUCACUGGAUUUCUUCUCCCUCUUUCUAUCUCGUGCAUUCCAAGGAUGGCGAAAGACAGUCUUCGUGGUCGCUAUACCCUUCUUGUUCGCUUUGACAGCGCUGGUUGGACCUUCAAGCGCUGUCCUCAUGAUCCCACGUGCGGGUAUUGCACGCACUUCUUCACACCGCCAACUCUGGGGAGUAGCAUCUGACGAAGCUUCGUAUCCUUCUCAAAUUCCCAUUACAAGCUUUGACUCUGACAUUCAAGGGCUGAAUUCAACCCUAUGGUACUCCGACGUAUACGAAAAUCGCGGAUCUUAUGCGUCAAAUACCAUCCCUCAUUUUUCCGAGAGAACAUUGAACUUAAAACGACUCCUACGGUGGUCCUCCGAUGGGCUCGAUUGGCGCAACCCCGACAAGAUCGGGGGUACAAUAGUUCGAGAGGCUAAUGUCACAAUUCCGACAGAAGUUAUACUUAGUCAAUCGGAACUACAGGGCAUGGGAAAUACGACGCUAACUGUGGUGGCUGCACACCCGGUUGUAGGAGCGCAGUGCUGGGGAUCCGUUUAUGACAUCAAUAACAGCAGCGAUUGGUAUCACCCCUGGCCGUGGACAUCACUAAUGGCUGAUCUUCCCACGUUGAUCUCCAAAGUAUCGGAUACUGUUGAACUGUCCGCCCCCAAAUAUCGAGGGGGUGAGAAUUACUCCACUGAUGUCUACUUCAGUCCGGUCUGGAUCUCAUCACCAGAGCCAGCAGACCACCCAUUGCUCGUAGUGUUCUUCCAGGGUAGCACGAGUGAAACAUGGAAUCAAUCCACACUGGUCAAGCCUGGUCUGCUGUCGUCAAUGAUCGAAAGCAAAAACCCUGCUGUGACCGCCUCUGUAACAGCAUGUUCACUUUCUGCGUUUUGGGCCUCUGGCGAGGUGCAAACGCGCUACAACGAAGCAUUCACACUGGUCGCUACGGGUCAAUCGUCAACAAUGGAGCAAUCCGCACACCGGAAGAUCACGCUGGACAUUGCUGGUGAUCACCCAAUGCAAAGCGCGAAAUUCUAUUCUGCCCUCAUGGGAAUGCUCAAGACAAGACACCUCGGAGGCUUUGGGCGAGAAGGUAUACUAGCUGCAGCUUUGGUGAUCUGGAUCGCCAAGGUACCAACGUCGGUAUCCGUGAAACAGUCGGAAUGGCGGGACGCUUCCUUUUUCUCUGAGUUCCCACCAGAGAAAAACAUCGAAGACUAUACUCCCUACAAGUUCCUCGUCACACAAUAUGGCUACGGCUAUGGGAUGCGAUCAACUUCUGUCUAUCUGUCCAUGACGGUGCUGCUUCUGUACUGUGUUGUUACUAUUGGCUACAUGCUAUAUACAUUCGCCACUGGUUUAGCCUCAACAGCUUGGACUUCCGGAGCCGAAUUACUUGCACUUGCGCUGCAGUCAAAAAGGCCAGAUCAUCUGGGUUACACUGGCGUCGGAAUCGACUCCGCCAAGACUCUAGGUGAAAGUGUUGGAAUCCGAGUCAAUACAGACAAUGAAGUUGAGCUAGUGUUUGCGCAAGAUCGGGACUUUAACACAAGAGGAUUGCAGAAAGUUAAACAGAAUACAGAGUACUAAUAUAUAAUAUAUUAAUAGAAGGGACUUGUAUGAAUUGUGUAUCGCCUACUGGUAGUCAACACAGGUCUAAUAUAAGAUCUAACAAGAAAGAAAGCAAGACAAAGUUAGCUAGAAG